AUGAAUAAAACUUCCAACAACAAAAGGAAGAAGACCCUGACAUCAGAGGCCAUAACUCAACUCUGCACAAAAAGGAGCAACAGACAACAAAUCAGGGGCAAAAAUACUUAUGUAAUACUUAGGGAAUUGCACAAAUGGGAGAAGGACAGGAAGGUCCUUUUGGAGUGCGAAAAUCUCGUCGAUAUAUUCAUAAGGACUGAAGAUGAAAUUGAUAAGAAUAAUAUCAAAGAUGUAGAAGUUUCUGAAGACAUGUCUGAAAAAUUCAUUCAGCAGGACAAUGAAUUUAUUACUGCAAAGGCCAUAACUCAACUCUGCACAAAAAGGAGCAACAGACAACAAAUCAGGGACAAAAAUACUUAUGUAAUACUUAGGGAAUUGCACAAAUGGGAGAAGGACAGGAAGGUCCUUUUGGAGUGCGAAAAUCUCGUCGAUAUAUUCAUAAGGACUGAAGAUGAAAUUGAUAAGAAUAAUAUCAAAGAUGUAGAAGUUUCUGAAGACAUGUGCUCCUUGUUAGAGGCCAUAACUCAACUCUGCACAAAAAGGAGCAACAGACAACAAAUCAGGGACAAAAAUACUCAUGUAAUACUUAGGGAAUUGCACAAAUGGGAGAAGGACAGGAAGGUCCUUUUGGCGUGCGAAAAUCUCGUCGAUAUACUCAUAAGGACUGAAGAUGAAAUUGAUAAGGAUAAUAUCAAAGAUGUAGAAGUUCCUGAAGACAUGACUGAAAAAUUCAUUCAGCAGGACAAUGAAUUUAUUACUGUGCUCCUUGUUAGAGGCCAUAACUCAACUCUGCACAAAAAGGAGCAACAGACAACAAAUCAGGGACAAAAAUGUGAAAAUCUCGUCGAUAUACUCAUAAGGUGCUCCUUGUUAGAGGCCAUAACUCAACUCUGCACAAAAAGGAGCAACAGACAACAAAUCAGGGACAAAAAUACUUAUGUAAUACUUAGGGAAUUGCACAAAUGGGAGAAGGACAGGAAGGUCCUUUUGGAGUGCGAAAAUCUCGUCGAUAUACUCAUAAGGACUGAAGAUGAAAUUGAUAAGAAUAAUAUCAAAGAUGUAGAAGUUCCUGAAGACAUGACUGAAAAAUUCAUUCAGCAGGACAAUGAAUUUAUUACUGCAACUGAAUAACUGUUUUUUAUAAUUAGAAAAUAUUGUUAUAUAUAAUUAUCAUUGUACUUUUAUUAUAACUGAAAUAAAUUUAUUCUUAUUAUAUUAAAACACAGACAGAA